AUGGUGGUGAGGGGUCUUGGAGAUGAUGGUAGAUGUCCAAUGUGUGGUGAGUUCGAGGAAUCAAUAUUGCAUAUGUUGGUGUUGUGUGAGGAAGCCAAGUGGCGACUGUCUCCCCUGAGGUUGGAGGUGACUGAGGUGUGUGAGAGUUCUUUUAAGGCAUGGUGUGAAGCUAGAGUAGGGUCGUCGAAAGAUGAGUCAUGGUGGGCUUUGUUCUGGAAUGUGUUAUGGAGUAUUUGGCUGUGCCGGAAUCAUUGGGUGUUUAAUCAAAAGCGUACUGAGGUGCAGGAAGUGGUUGAGAGGGCUUUUCGAGCCUCGCUGGAGUAUAGGGACGCUCAGGAUCGUUUGAGCGUGGGUGAGAGGCUAGGAAAAGGUCUUAAGGCAUGGCAAAGGCCUUCCGAUGAGACUCUCAAAGUGAAUGUGGAUGCGGUAGUUUUUGAUACGGGUCAGGUUGGGUAUGGAGGCGUAGUAAGGGAUGCGUCGGGAGAGGUGAUGGUGGCUUGCUGUGGGCAGGUGGACGGAGGAUAUGAGGCGGAUGUUGCGGAGGCUCUAGCUGCGAGUUUAGUCCUCAAUGUUGUGUGGGAGGCGGGCAUUAGGCACAUCAUAAUGGAGAGUGUUUGUCUUAAACUCAUAGCCCAUUUGAAGAGCGCAAAAGUGGAAACAACCAGCUUUGGGGACCUUGUCUUUGAUAUUUUAGGCUUAGCUUCUCGUUUUAGUAGUAUUUCCUUCUCGCAUGUAGGUAGGGAUGGGAACAAGGUUGCACACAACCUUGCCCAGCUGAGUCGUUCUUUCAUGGAAACAAGAGUAUGGAUAGCAAAGGUACCUAGGGAGGUUCAAACUUUUGUAGUUUCGGAUUUGUGUUUGGUUGAAUGA